GUACAGAACCAAUCACCACCGACCUUUCGACACCAACGUUUUCUGUCUCGGUGGAUAACAUAGCAGAAAAAGAAACUCAAGUGACAGAAACUGAACUGAAACUAAUCAAUGAAGAGUUGGAAAAGGUCCUGCAGGGAUCCCACAAUAGAAAUGAGAGCUAUAAUUUCUCAUCAGGAAGAAACAGUCAUGUAAGUGCUGGAAGGAGCAGCCAUGUUAGCACAAUUACACUCGGUGGAAAGCAAAUUGAAAGUGCAGAAACAAAUGGAAAUGAAGGAAUUGUCUGUCCAUUACAAAACUAUCUUUUCGGAUCAGCAAUUGGCUUACCUGAAACAGUGCCUCAGCCGGCAAAGAAAGAGCAUAGAACAUCACUAGGGGAACUAUUCCAGAAGACUAAAUUUGUAGAGGAAAAUUAUGGAGCAAAAUCUGAAAAGGGGGAAAAGAAAACAGAAAAGGAAACAGCUAAAUCUGCUAUCCAUCUUAUGAAAAAGAUGCUGAAAAAAAAAUUGCUACAUGCUUCCUCCAAGAACACCUCUGCAGCAUCUGGUGAAGCAAUUGAAUCUGCAUCAGCUGAUCACAAAAAACUGCACAAGAUCCUACAAAUGUUCCACAGGAAAGUACAUCCAGAAACCAGCUCAACAGUGGCACAAAAGUCCCAUAAGGCCACCAAAAAUGAGAUGAUGAAGAGCAAUAUAACAAACGUGGGGGCAUCUGAUAAUGGAGGUGUAUUGUCCACUGCUGAAUAUAUCACAAUAUAUCCUCAGCCGUCCAUCUCAAAAGAAAGCCAGUCUUAUCCGUCUGACCAGUUCAUGAUCAGUGAUGAUGACAGUGGCAAUGGGGAGCACUGGGUCAAAACUGAUGCAGACUAUUUGGUAUUGGAGCUCUAGAAGAUGGAUCAAGUAAUUUAAGUUGAGAGGCUUUCACUUCUAGAAAGCAACAAAUAUUAAUGGAUACUACCAUUUUAAAAUUCUCUACUUCCGUGUGUGUGUCUUUAUAUAUUUGAGGAGUUAUAUAAUGGCUAUGAAUGUAAAAUAAAAAGAGGCAAAGGACCUCUUUGGAAGUGCUCUGUUAUGUGUGACACACUGGCCUAUUGCAAUCAUUGUUUGUAUUUAA